GCGCACCUCUUGUCUCUGACAACCUCGAUCUAGGUUCUUCGCCUCGCGGGUGCACAAACGUUCGUUCCCAGCGUUCGUCUCGUCUUCAACCCCACACGUCUGACUGGCCGGGAUAGUGACCCGCGGACGUAAGCCCUUCAGCCUCGCUGCCAUCGGCAUGUAUUUCAUCGGCCUCUUUGCCUUCCUCCAAGUCGGCGCCGGGAUCGCCCAGGUCAUCGUCUCACACCAAGUCCGGUUCUACGCGAACCUUGACUCGACCAAGGCCAUCACGACGUUGCAAGGCGCCGCCUCGCUCGCCUGCGAUCUGCUGAUCACGGUCUAUCUCUGCAUUUUCUUGAAGCACCAGAAGACCGGGGUAUCGAAUACCUAGUUAUAUACCGGUUCACCGCAGCUACGACGCGAUCAACCGUGGGACGCUCACUUCGCUCGCCUCGGCCGCGACUAUCAUUCUUUUCCUAGCUGUUCCCGACACGUUCUGGUUCUUCCUCGGGCUCGCUCCGAGCAGCAAAUUGUACAUGAACAGCAUGCUCGCUACCCUCAACACCCGCAGCCGCCUGCGCGACCAGAUGACCUCGCAAGACAAGGGGUGGAACUCGAUCAGCAUGGACACGGUCGGCUCGAGCGCCCGCAAGCGGCUGCAAGUGCAGGUCACCGUGGAUCAUGACUCUGAUGCGCAGUUCCACAAGAAGAGCCAGGAUCUUGGGAACUUCAACCCGAGCGAAGUGACCGCGGUUUGAAUGCUCAGAAAUAGCCCGUGAUUGCAUUAUCCCCCCGUGCCAAAAAAAACAAGUUCUCGUACAUACCAUAUACUGUCUCUCCUUUGAUUGUUGCACCGAAACUGUCGCUAGUUCGAAUAUCUUGAAUUUCUUACUGUCGAACGUCGAUUUUGUGCUUGGACUUCUGUGCGGCCGAUGUAUAUAUAACACCAAGUCGUAGCGAUCAUCUGAGAGCCCAGAAUCUGAUCAGAUUCAGACACAACGAUGGCCGAUAAAGAACAUCGCAGUAGGAAGAAUUUGUCAGUCUGUCUCCUCUGGCCUUCAGACCCAGGAGAGCCCAAUACGACACAGAAAGCGGGGCACUCACGAGGGCAGUGGAAGCAUGGCCGGCAGACGGGUCCUAGCCAGGGUUUCGCCGCGAGGCUGAGUAUAGGAACAAAAACGCAUUCAUCGCAUAGAAACUCGCCACAUUGCAAGGGGACUAUCUCCAGUCGGCACACGUGUCACGCUCGCUCUGAAACUUCUCGUCAACCGCCGCACUGGGACCCGUCGCGUGUCUCGAAACCAGAGGCCUAGAUCAUGGUCAUACACGAUCUCGUUCUCUGCAGCAUACUACGACUUGAGAUGUCAUGUCUUUAUAAGUUCCACAUAGUGGACGGCCGACUCGGAUCAUCAUCAAGUUCAUCGAUCCCAGACGACCACCGCACAUCUGGCGCAGCAGCAGCGAAAGCGUCGUCCAACCAACUGAGCAAUAUAGUACGAUCAAGUCCAUGAAAGGUAUGCGUAAUCGAAGGGAAGAGCUCCUCCAGCUGGGCGCGCAUAGGGGGAACGCAGUGUGUAGUCAUGCGCAGAUAUCUCCGGUGUUUCCUGGAUGGGUUGCAAGACACUGGUCCGUUUCUGGUGACCCCCAUGGAGUGAAAGCAUCGAUUCGAGUUCGAAGAGAGGACCAAAGCGUCGGGGGACUUCGGAGGGACUUGGCUGUAUAAACGGAAAGCGGUGUCGCGCGCGAUAAGAUUCAUGGACUCUCACUGGUGGCGGUGCUUCGGUCUCUCUCUCUCUCUCUCUCUCUCUCACCGCAAUCACUUUGCACCACCACCGGCAUGCCUCGCAACGACUUUCUCCCGGAAGAAGAAGAUCGACUCGUCGAAUACCUGGCCGGGAUCCCGCGCAGCAAGCGCUCAAGCAUGUCCUCCUUUGCGCCGUUGUCCACGCUGUCCUGGGCAAAGCGACACUCGACGGCCUCUUGGCUCCAGCGCUUCCUACGUCUCCGCACUCUCUACGAUGCGCGUAUCGACAGAUUGGUGGCCGAGAACGAGCGCGAGGAUCUGGAGCAUGAGCUAGUACGGCAGGAACUGCUACCGCAACAGGCGAAGGAGGGCGUAGUCGCUUUUGGAGACUCGGUUACGCAAGCUGAAGACGACGCCGAGGCUUACGGCGGUGUGAUGUUGGAGGUAGAGAACCUGCUCAUGGGAGCUAAUGAGUCGUCGCAUGCACAAUCCGCAAAACUAUCUCUGGACCCUGACCCUGACUUCUCUCGAUCAUUCAUGGAGCUGACGAUCGUCGACGACACACUUCCACGGCCGGAUUCGAAUCUCAGGUCCGGUGUUCUCGACAGCUACACCACUGCACCACCUAUCUCACGCUAUGCUAUCUUCUCCGCUCUCCCAUCUUGCGACACGAUCCCUUGCAUACAAAUCGCCGCGAACUUGCUGGCAGACAUCUACGAUGUGGACAUUCAAGUCGUUCUAGACCUCUGGCGCGAGACGUCCAGCAUACGCAAGACCCAACAGCAUCUCUCGGCUCUCAGAGACUGGUCUACGGCCUAGCUUCAUCUUGCUCUCUCUGCUCUUUUCGUGAAUGCUCUGUUUCCGGAUCACUUCGUACACGUGAACUUUGACUUCAAAGCGUGUCAACUCUGGUAUGUCAUCCAAGCAAAAGCGUUCACGCACUCAGCAUACCACCGUCUUCUUCGAUGGAUGCGGUGCUUCCGUCAUAUCUCUACUUUCUCUUCGUGUGCAGUCUAUUGAAGUUGCAACAAGAAGUUGCAACAAGAUUUGCCGCCGAUCUGCUCCGCGUAUGUCUGAGCUGCACUCUAAUGGCAUUGCGCAAGAAUGAUAACUAUGUGUCUUGGCUUCGCCGGUCUUCGCAUGCCAAAGCGUUUCGAUCGGCUUCAAUUAUCACCGUUCUUGGCCGAAUCAGAUAUCAUUUUACAAGUAGAUAAUCGAAUAUCCGUGAACAAAGAC